GAGCUGGACUGAGCGGCAACAGUAGCGACAGCAACCGGAGGCGCCGCCGCCGCCGCCACCUGCACCUGGCGCCCGGCCCACGUCCAGCGCCCGCCCGGCCGCUGCUUCCCGCCGCCCUGCUGUGCCCACCCGCCAGGCCAUUAAGAUUGGCUCCUUGGUUUCAAUGGAGAUGAUGGGAUUCCAUAGUAGCAGAAGACAAGUGGCAGCAUUUAACCACCAAGGACAAAGUAUUACCAUUUAAUGAAACCUUCUUGCCAGCAAAUCUAUGAUAAAAAAUAUAAGUAACAGAGGAAACUAUAACUGUUAUUUGUCAAGUGGGAAGCUUUUAAUGUCAGAAUGGCUCACCUAAAACGACUAGUAAAAUUACAUCUUAAAAGACAUUAUCAUAAAAAGUUCUGGAAACUUGGGGCAGUAAUUUUUUUCUUUAUAAUAUUUUUGAUUUUAAUGCAAAGAGAAGUAAGUGUUCAAUAUUCCAAAGAGGAAUCACGGAUGGAAAGAAACAUAAAAAACAAAAACAAGAUGUUUGAUUUAAUGAUAGAAGCUGUAAACAAUAUUAAAGAUGCAAUGCCAAAAAUGCAAAUAGGAGCACCGGUCAGGCAAAACAUUGAUGCUGGUGAGAGACCCUGUUUGCAAGGAUAUUAUACAGCAGCAGAAUUGAAACCUGUUCUUGACCGCCCACCUCAGGAUUCUAAUGCACCUGGUGCUUCUGGUAAAGCAUUCAAGACAACCAAUUUAAGUAUUGAAGAGCAGAAGGAAAAAGAACGUGGAGAAGCAAAACACUGUUUUAAUGCUUUUGCAAGUGACAGGAUUUCUCUACACCGAGAUCUUGGACCAGACACUCGACCUCCUGAAUGUAUUGAACAAAAAUUUAAGCGCUGUCCUCCCCUGCCUACCACCAGUGUCAUAAUAGUUUUUCAUAAUGAAGCCUGGUCCACGCUGCUUAGAACUGUCCACAGUGUGCUUUAUUCUUCCCCUGCCAUACUGCUGAAGGAAAUCAUUUUGGUGGAUGAUGCUAGUGUAGAUGAGUACUUACAUGAUAAACUAGAGGAAUAUAUAAAACAAUUUUCUAUAGUAAAAAUAGUUAGACAAAGAGAGAGAAAAGGUCUGAUCACUGCCAGGUUGCUAGGAGCAACAGUUGCAACAGCUGAAACCCUCACAUUUUUAGAUGCUCACUGUGAGUGUUUCUAUGGUUGGUUAGAACCUUUGUUGGCCAGGAUAGCUGAGAAUUACACUGCCGUGGUGAGUCCGGAUAUUGCAUCCAUAGAUCUGAACACAUUUGAAUUCAACAAACCCUCUCCUUAUGGAAGCAAUCACAACCGUGGAAACUUUGACUGGAGCCUUUCCUUUGGCUGGGAAUCGCUUCCUGAUCACGAGAGGCAAAGAAGGAAAGAUGAAACCUACCCAAUUAAAACACCCACUUUUGCAGGAGGCCUUUUUUCCAUAUCAAAAGAAUAUUUUGAAUAUAUUGGAACUUAUGAUGAAGAAAUGGAAAUCUGGGGAGGUGAAAAUAUAGAAAUGUCUUUCAGAGUAUGGCAAUGUGGUGGGCAGUUGGAGAUUAUGCCUUGCUCUGUUGUUGGACAUGUCUUUCGCAGCAAAAGCCCUCAUACCUUUCCAAAAGGCACUCAGGUGAUUGCUCGCAACCAAGUUCGCCUUGCAGAAGUCUGGAUGGAUGAAUACAAGGAAAUAUUUUAUAGGAGAAACACAGAUGCAGCAAAAAUUGUUAAACAAAAAUCAUUUGGUGAUCUUUCAAAAAGAUUUGAAAUAAAGCACCGCCUUCAAUGUAAAAAUUUUACGUGGUAUCUGAACACUAUUUAUCCAGAAGCAUAUGUGCCAGACCUUAAUCCUGUUAUAUCUGGAUAUAUUAAAAGCAUUGGUCAGCCUUUGUGUCUGGAUGUUGGAGAAAAUAAUCAAGGAGGCAAACCAUUAAUUUUGUAUACAUGCCAUGGACUUGGGGGAAACCAGUAUUUUGAAUACUCGGCUCAACGUGAAAUUCGCCAUAACAUCCAGAAGGAAUUAUGUCUUCAUGCUGCUCAAGGUCUUGUUCAGCUGAGGGCAUGUGCCUACAAAGGUCACAAGACAGUGGCCAGUGGAGAACAGAUAUGGGAGAUCCAAAAGGAUCAACUUCUAUAUAAUCCAUUCUUAAAAAUGUGCCUUUCAGCAAAUGGAGAGCAUCCAAGCUUAGUGUCAUGCAAUCCGUCAGAUCCACUGCAAAAAUGGAUUUUUAGCCAAAAUGAUUAAGUGUUCCUUAAAAUUAAGGAGUUGAAAAAGAAGAUAUUCUUUCUCAUAAAACUGUGACUAAGCAUACACUGUAGUUGUUGAAAAUUAUGCAAAAGCAGCUAAUUAUAACUUAUUCCAAGUGCAUUUUUCUUAUUUAUAUCUUAAAAUGUCUAUGUAGCACUGCUACAGAAAUCUUUUAAGUUUCCAUUUCAAAGCACAAUAGCUAAGAAUACCAAAGACUAUUUUGAAAUGUCCAGAUUUAGGGAAAGAGAUGUUUACAGUAUGAUGAAAAUAAUUUUCCAAGUAAAGUGAUAUUUGUGUAUUUUGUGCACUUAAAGAUAUGCAUAGCUACAUUCACACACUCACAAUUUAAAAUAUUUCUUCUAGUUUUUUGGGGGGAGGGAGAAAGAUUUGAUACUGUAUUUUUUUAACUACAUAGAAAUGGAUCAAUGAAGGUCAAGCAUUGGCCUUUGUGUACAAACCAGGAAAUUUUUAUAGAUCUAAAAUUUAUUAUAUAAAAAUGCAGGUAAACUUUUUUGCCUUUUGUUUACUUAUCUGUCAAAUGUUUCCUUCAACAUGAAAUUAAGUGAAUAAGGAGAAUAUUUUUGAUGCUGCAGUAUCUUGGCAAAUUUUAAAAUAUUUUUUAGUCUGAAGACCUCUUGACUUGAAGCACUUAAAUAUUGCUUAAAAGACAUUUCUUAAAUAACUAUACUGUGUUUUCCCAGAGCAAUUAAAAAAAAAAACUAUGCUACUAUCUGUUGAAAAGGUGUCUUUUUCCUUUCUGCUAGUCUUUUUUUCUUACCAAAAGUCACUAACCUUGAAUGUUUGUGAAAUUGAAUUCCAAAUGUAGAAUACCUGACUCAUUUAAAAGCUAAAUUUUAUUUGGUGCUGAUUCAAUUAUAGAUGAUCUUUGUAAAGAUUUUUCUUCAUCAAAAAAACCUCUGUCUAUAUGGAAAACACAAUAAAAUGAAUCCUUAUCACUGUUGUAA